AUGUUGAAGAAACUGAACUUGUUGUUCCGCCCACAAGUGGAAAGAAAACUGGGUGAGUCUCAAGGAAAUAAAGAAUGGCAAAGAGAAGAGUCUGGCAUCAGGUUGGUCCGCAGCACCUCCCUCUACCUGAUUGGAGAAAGUCACCAAAACCUGGGGAGCUCUUUGAAGCGGAGCCAGAGUGCAAUCAGUGUGGACUCCUCUAUCUACCACAUCAAGGCUGAAGAUCGGGUCUGGAUGUUCUCCAGGACACAGGACUGCCUACAAUACCUACAGGAUCUGAUAGUUCUGCGCCAAAAAUACCGGGCAGUCAGCAACCUCAACAAGCCGAAGGAGAAUAAGCCAGAUCCAUCCUCUGCAUCAACAAAACAUCUCAAAUCUGGCAAGGAAGUGUCAGCCUCCAAACACACCUCCAAAAAACCAAAAGACAAAUCUAAUCCUGCACCAGUACCAGCAGAAGCAGACACACUAGCAUACUUUGAUUCAGUUAUCGCAGAUUUUGAUCAGGAAAGCAAACUUGAAGUUCAACUUGCAGAGGACACGCACCUUGAUGUGGAUUUUGUUAUUGCCACCAGCACCAGUGAACACAGUUUGCAUUCGAACUGGAUCCUUAAGUCACCGAGAAGGUACUCUAUUGAUGUGGCGCAUUUGGCAAAGCUGGAUCAGCUGCCUCGAAGGCACAGUGAUGGUGUACGAAUGAGCUUCAAGAGAUUUGAGCGACGACCAAUGUACCUCCCGAAAUUGGUUGAGAGCCCAAUUCACACACUGAGAUUUAAACCGAAAGCGCGCAAUGAAGAUGACGAAUUUUAG